CGCAGAAGCCGGUAAGAUUACAUCAUAGCGCCAUUGAUGGGUGGCUACACGGUGUGGAAAGCGCGCAGAAGACUGUGGACACCGCGGGAAGCCAGGAGACAACAAAACGGCUCAGCCGAGGAUUCACCGUCCUCCUAGAAAACAAAUUUUACGGUUCCGGCCAACCAACAGCCUAAAAUUCACCCAUCCUGACAGACCCCCAUCCUUCGCCUGGCGCUGGGGAACUGAGCAUCUCCAAACUUCAGAAUCCUCCCAACCACCGCGACGUAACCCCCAGAAAAUCCAUUUCUGCCUUGCACCAUCAAGGCUGGCACUCAUACAUAUUGGUUAUUUGCCGGUUUUCUUCUCUUCCGUCUUCCCAUUUUCACUUCUUCUUCCCUCCCCUUUUUCUCUUCCCAUAUUAUCCUCAAUCGGCCAACUUCAUCAUGUCCCGAGGAGGCACCACCCUCUACGUGACUGGCUUCAGCCACGGAACGCGCGCUCGCGACCUCGCCUACGAAUUCGAACGCUAUGGUCGUCUCGUGAGGUGUGAUAUUCCCGCCCCGCGAUCGGCUAGUAGUAGACUGUUUGCUUUCGUUGAGUACGAGGAUCGUCGUGAUGCCGACGACGCGUACCAUGAGAUGCACAACAAGCGCAUCGGUCGUGACGACCUGUUGAAGAUUGAGUGGGCACGUACUCCUCCAUCUGCGUCGUGGCGUUUUGAUUCGGGUCGUGACCGUGACCGGCGUGAUCGCGGAGGCCGUUCUCCCCGCCGCGGCCGCUCUCCCUCUCCGCGUCGUAGCACUCGCGAUUACUCCCCUAGGAAGGAUGAUCGGCGUGACCGUGACCGGGACCGCGACUACGACCGCGAGCGUCGCGACACUCGGGAUCGCUCCCGUAGCCCGGACCCUCGUGACCGCGACCGGGAAGACCGAGACGAGCGGGAUCGACGUGAUAACGGCACCAACGGUGACGAUCGGAAGGCCGCCGACAGUCCGCCCCCACAGCAUGACGACUUGGAUGUUGCAGAGUGAUAAGUAUACCUGGCGAGAAUAUUGUCCGGCAAUGGGUUGCAUCCCUGCAACUAGAGAAAUUCUCCUUUGUCACAUUACCGUUGGCUUUGUAUCUCUUCGUCGGGCUGUUACUCAUGUUUUAGUUUCGAUACCGUCGACCGGCCUACGAACCCACCACACCUUAGUCCGAAGAACCGCGAGGCCAACCCCGGAGAUGACAUGAGACCACCUGAGAAUGCUAGCUUUCCUUUUGUUCGCGAGCUGAAAAAGGGAAACCGAGGUCGGUAUAGUUAGGUAAUAAAGAAGUGCACUUGGGCGAUGUAUUAUCCUUCCACAAAAUUCAAGUAGAUC